GUAUGGUAUAUAAGAGACGCACAUUGCAGUCUGGGAGGAAGACGGAUUGGAUGAAUUGUCUACUGGAUAAGUUUGUUAAUUUUCCAUUAGCUGAUUUUUAAAUAAUGUGUAAAGGGCUUUCCUCAUUGCCUUCCUCAUGUUUGGAGAAGGCAAAAGAGAUGCGGGUGAAGCUGAGCCACCUGGCUGACACCCACCAUAAGCAAAAGCUCCAGGAUGCAAAAAUUCUUCAGGAUCUGGAAACUCUUCUUAGCAACAAAAGUGGUCUUCAGGCAUUUCGAGGGUUCCUGCGUUCAGAGUUCAGUGAAGAGAACCUUGAGUUUUGGCUGGCUUGUGAGGACUUCAGGAUUUCUCCUUCGAACCGGCAGAAGACCAAGGCCAGCAGCAUCUAUAGUCAGUUUAUCAACCCUGAUGCCCCUCUGGAGGUAAACCUGGAUGCUGAGACCCGUGAUGCUCUGCUGGAGGUUAUGGAGUCUCCAUGUGCUGACACAUUCAAAAAUGCGCAGCAGAGGAUCUAUAGUCUGAUGGCCAAGGAUUCCUUUCCUCGGUUCCUUCGCUCUCACUACUGCAUGGAGGCAAUUAGAGCUUUCUAAACAUAAUCAUUAUUAACAGAGAUCUGCUUUAGAAAUAAGUGCUGUCAAAUCUGUUCUGCUUGGCAUGUUGAUUGUAUUCUAUUAGUUAUUUUACAGCUUGUUUAAUCAAGUUAACUAUAAGGUAGUGCUGCUCUUAUGCAACAUGCUGAUAUCACAUAGUAACCUCAGAAUUAUGACUUAAAUAUAGAUGCAUCUACAUUCUCAAAAGCAUGAGCUACAAGCACAAUAUGCUAAUAUUUAAAUAAAAACUUCCUGACAAUGA